GGAGGGAAUAUCAAUUACAAAAUGAAUCACCUUUGGACGGUCACCUCUUAUGGGUAUCCCUAGUGGCAGGAGGGGGCCUGUGGAGAGGGGGCACGAAGAAGGUGGAAAUUGUUGGAUAGUUUAUCUAAAGAAUAAGAAUUGAAUUUAAGAGUAAGAAACCCGCUAUGAUUAAGAUUAGGAAAUUACGAAAACCAGGAAGAAGGGAUCUGAGGAAGUCAAUAAAAUAAUGUUUAACAUUCAACAACCAAGAUUCCACUGGGUACCAGCAAUAGUGUGUUGUCAAAUGAUAUCCAUUCUUUUUUUCUUUUCUUUUCUUAACUUUAUUGAAACUAUCAAGACAAUUUGUCAAUCAAUGUACCCAAUUACAUUUCCCCCCUUUCCCCCCUCCCAUCCCUCCCUCUCCCACCCUCCAAGGACUUCCCUCAGCUCCCCUCUCUGGUUUGUUUAUACAUUUUGUUCUCUGCAUGUUAUAAAAUUGUACGUAUCAUUACCUUAUCUAUCAUCUCUUCUACUAAUAAAUUUGUGAAUGUUUAUUCAAAACCAGCCAAGGAGUCCAAAUCCUUAUGUUGUCUGGUAUUCGUAUAUAAAGUUGUAUGUGAAGGUAAUGUCUCACAAGUAUAAUAGAAUAUAUAAUAUAAUGUUGGAUAGGGAGGAGGAGAAUCUGGAGUGCUGGGGUGAGUGAUGGCGGACUGAGAGUCAGCUGAUUUUUGGUCCUUGGUAGAGAGAGUUGGAAAUGUUGGUGUUAGGAGUUGGGGUGGUAGUUUGGGAGCAGGAAUGGUGGGAUUAGUAUUCUAGGAACAGCAUCAUAACUCCCAUUGAUGUAAUUGCAAUAAAGGAAUAAUUAAAGCACAAAAAGACUAAAAGCAUCUUAUAUGUUCUGCUAAUAUCCAAACCCUCAUAUAUUGUUUAUAUUUUAUAAAUUAAUUGUGUUGCAACACCUCCUCAUUCUUGGCUAUGUGAAGGGGGAAGUGUUCAGAUAAAAUAUUAUCUCUGGGGGCAUCAGGAAUAAAAGGGCUGUUUAGUGGCAUAACCAGGAAGGACUCUCCUCCUAGUUGCACAUCUUGCAUGAGGAGGGAAGGUGGUAGAGCAGAGAGUGGGCAGUGCCAGAGAGACCUCAAUGCAAUGGGGAGUGGACCUAAGUGUGUUCACUGCUUCACUGUAAGGUCAUAUCAAAUUAUCCCCAAGAUAACACACAUAGGGAAGAAACCCUACAGGUGUCUAUAGUGUGCGUUUGACAGGUCCCAAACUUAAGGGUCAACUUUCUACAAAUUCACAAGCUGCCUGGAGGCAGGAGCCACUUCUGAGCAUUGAGGCAGCCAACAGGAUGCUUCCUUUGAAUGUCAUAGGGGCACAUGGACCUGAUGUGGCCAGUUUUCAGGGACAGAUCCUGCCCAGCCAUAGAUCCACCACUCAGGAGGAUGAGGACUGAGAAUUUGGGUGCAACUUGCGCUAUUAGUGUUCCCCUGAGAUUUCCUGUAACAGGAAUAGCAGCUCUGCUGGGGCACGUCCUUGCAUACCAAAAUGACUAACAAAAUGAAUUUCAACAGUGACAAAUGUCAGGCCCUGCACUUAGGAAGGACGAACCACCUGCACAAAUAGAGGAUGGGGGUCACCUGGCUUCCUAGCACUACAUGUGAAAAGGAUCUAGGGGUCUUGGUGGACCACUAGCUUAACAUGAGUCCACAGAGUGAAGCAGCAACAAAAAAAGAUCUAUUCUAGGCUGUGGGUUUGACUCCAACCAAUGGCUUCAAGUUGCAAGAAAGGAGAUUCUGACUAAACAUUUGGAAACCCUCUCUGACAGCAAGAGCUGUUUGGCAGGGGAACAGACUCCCAUGAGAGGUGGUGGGCUCUCCUUCCUUGGAGGUUUUUCAGCAGAGGUUGGGUGGCCACCUGUCCUGGAUGCUCGAGCUGAUAUUCCUGCAUGGCAGGGGGUUGGUCUAGAUCAGGGGUCAGCACUUUUCUCAGCUGUGGGCCAGUCCACUGUCCCUCAGACCAUGUGAUGGGCCGGACUAUAUUUUUUUGGGGAAAUGAACGAAUUCCUAUGCCCCACAAAUAACCCAGAGAUGCAUUUUAAAUAAAAGGACACAUUCUACUCAUGUAAAAACACGCUGAUUCCCGGACCAUCUGUGGGCCGGAUUGAGAAGGCGAUUGGGCCGCAUCCGGCCCACGGGCCUGAGGUUGCCUACCCCUGGUCUAGAUGACUCUUCAGGCCCCUUCCAAUUCUCAUAUUAUGUGAUGCUAAGGUUCUUUAAAGGGGCAGUGGGGAGAAGGGGGACAGCCCUGGAUCUGGAGAUCGCCAGCCCAUGGAGAGGAGGGGUGGUGGAAUAUCUCUUCGUUACGAAUGAGGAAAAAUCAUCGUAUUUCAAUCCUGCCUUUGAACCAAAGCUGUCUUCCAAGCAGCUCACAUAAAAUAAGCGGAUGGGUGAUAGAUAGAUAGAUAUAGAUAGAUAGAUAUAAUGGCAAGGGAUAACACCAUUUAGGGUUGUUGUAAGUUACCGUUCCAAGCCUCAAACGCGCAUAACAACUCCGGUCUACUCUGCAGGGCUGUUGUAACCGGGACACCCUACGCCAUGGCCCUGCCUCCCCCCACGUUGGGAAAUGGGUGUAAAACUGACCAGACCCCCCCCUCUCCCGGAAAUGGAUUAAAAGAGAUGAAGGGGGAAUGUAACCUUCCUGCCGCGGAGGACUUUUUCGGAGGUGGGGAGGGGGUCUUUUUCCCUGCCUUUUCUGGGGAUUGAACCUGAGAUCUUCUCUGGAAAGAAACAGGAUAACAGAGCUUGUUUGGAAAGAGAAUUUGUGGAAGCUCUGCUUCCUAGAGAGGCAGGAAGGUUUGGAGGGGGGAGCCAAGGUUGGAGGGGGAGGGGCCGCCAUUCACAUUCCCAAAAGAGGAGCAGAUCUGCAGAUGAGGAGGAAAAAGAGGUUUAUACAUAACUGACUGGACUGUCCCUUUGACAGAUUUCCUCCCCCCCCCCUGUCGAAAGAAGACAAUGGAGAAGGCAGUCAAAAUUCUGGUGGACCAUGUCCAAUGGGGAUAACGAAGAAACCAUUUAAAUAUAUGGAGCGUGGAGAGAGAGAGGAGAAGCAAUCUGAAAGUAUGGAGUAUGGGAAGAGCUUUACUGAAAGUGGAACACUUAGAAAACAUCAACGGACUCACACAGGAGAGAAACCAUUUAAAUGCAUGGAGUGUGGAAAAAGCUUUGGUUGGCGUUCAAACCUUCGUAUACAUAAACACACUCACACAGGGGAGAAACCAUAUAAAUGUAUUGAGUGUGGAAAGAGCUUCAGUCAGAUUGGACACCUUAAAAACCAUCAACGGACCCACACAGGGGAAAAACCAUAUAAAUGUAUGGAGUGUGGAAAGAGCUUCACUGAUAGUGGAACAUUUAGAAAACAUCAACGGACCCACACAGGCGAUAAACCUUUUAAAUGCAUGGAGUGUGGAAAGAGCUUCAGUCAGAGUGGGCACCUUAGAUCCAAUCAAUGGGUUCACACAGGGGAGGAACCAUUUAAAUGUAUUGAGUGUGGAAAGAGCUUCUCUGAGUUUCGAAGAGUUCACAGACAUCAACGGACUCACACAGGAGAGAAACCAUUUAAAUGUAUGGAGUGUGGAAAGAGCUUCUCUGAGUUUGGAAAAGUUAAAAGACAUGAACGGACUCACACAGGAGAGAAACCAUUUAAAUGCAUGGAAUGUGGAGCGAGCUUUAUUAAUGGUACAGCACUGACUAUCCAUCAUCAAACUCACACAGGGGAAAAACCAUUUGAAUGUAUGGAUUGUGGAAAGAGCUUCACUUAUAGUGGAGCACUAAGAAAACAUCAAUGGACUCACACAGGAGAGAAACCAUUUAAAUGCAUGGAAUGUGGAGCGAGCUUUAUUGAUGGUACAGCACUGACUAUCCAUCAUCAAACUCACACAGGGGAAAAACCAUUUGAAUGUAUGGAUUGUGGAAAGAGCUUCACUUAUAGUGGAGCACUAAGAAAACAUCAACGGACUCACACAGGGGAGAAACCAUUUCAUUGCAUGGAGUGCGGUAAGAGCUCCACUGAUCAUGGAACACUUAGAAUCCACCAUCGAAUUCACACAGGGGAAAAACCAUAUAAAUGUGUGGAGUGUGGAAAGAGCUUCACUGAUAGUGGAACAUUUGGAAAACAUCAACAGAUCCACACAGGCGAUAAACUAUUUAAAUGCAUGGAGUGUGGAAAGAGCUUUAUUGAUAGUAAAGCACUGAGAAUCCAUUAUCGAACUCACACAGGGGAAAAACCAUUUGAAUGCAUGGAGUGCGGAAAGAGCUUCAGAGACAGUGGAAAGCUUAGAAAUCAUCAACGGACUCACACUGGGGAGAAACCAUUUAAAUGCAUGGAGUGUGGAAAGUGCUUCAGUCAGAGUGAACAUCUGAAUUCACAUAAUCAAACUCACACUGGGGAGAAACCAUUCAAAUGCACAGAGUGCGGAAAGAGCUUUAGUCACAGUGGAACACUUAGAAAACAUCAACGGACUCACACAGGGGAGAAACCAUUUCAAUGCAUGGAGUGUGGAAAGAGCUUCAGUCAGAAUGGACACCUUAGAAUUCAUCAACGGAGUCACACAGGGGAGAAACCAUUCAAAUGCACGGAGUGCGGAAAGAGCUUCAGUCACAGUGGAACACUUAGAAAACAUCAAUGGGCUCACACUGGGCAGAAACCAUUUAAAUGCAUGGAGUGUGGAAAGGGCUUCUCUGAUGUUGGAAAAGUUAGAAGACAUCAACGAACUCACACGGGAGAAACCAUUUAAAUGUAUGGAGUCUUGAAAGAGUUUAUUUCAGAGUGGAACCCUAAAUUCACACACAGGAAACUUAGAAGACAUCAACAGACAAGCAAAUAAAUGUAUGGAGUGUAGAAAGAGCUUCAAUAGAAGUGGAAACCUUAGCAAACACCAGCAAACUCCAAAAGGGCAACCACUUACUUAUAUGGAGUUCCGUAGAGCUUCAGUCCUGAUGUUCUUACAAAACAUCAAUUGACUCACAAGGAGGAAAAGCUUUAACAGUUGAAACCCUACAAUCCACAAACUGAAAAAUCAUAAAUGGUUUGAAUGGAAGGAGUGUGGGGAGUACUUCAAUUGCUUUAUAUAUACAGUGUAUAUCAUAUUAGUUAUAUAUAAUUCUAUUUACAAAUUUCAUUUGAAAAAGGAAGCAUUCACUUCCAGGUUGUUGGUGUUUGAAAGCUCCAAAUAUUCAAAACGUUCGACAACCGAGAUUCCACUGGGUAUCCAGCAAUAGUGUGUUGUCCAUUGAUAUCCAUUCUUUUUUUUCUUUUCUUAAAUUUAUUGAAACUAUCAAGACAAUUUGUUAAUCAAUGUACCCAAUUACAUUUUUUCCCUUUCCCCCCUCCCAUCCCUCCCUCUCCCACCCUCCAAAGACUUCCCUCAGCUCCCCUCUCUGGUUUGUUUAUACAUAUUGUUCUCUGCAUGUUUUAAAAUUGUACAUAUCAUUACCUUAUCUAUCAUCUCUUUUACUAAUAAAUUUGUGAAUGCUUAUUCAAAACCUGCCAAGAAGUCCAAAUCCUUAUGUUGUCUGGUAUUCGUAUAUAAAGUUGUAAAAGGUAAA